UCAAAAUAGUGAGAAGCUCCUCCUGUCAUCUGUUCUUCGGCCUUCCCAAAAUUGCGACUCAAUUUUCCCAUUCUUUCUUUCUCUGGGUGUAUGUCCGCACCGCACAUUCAAAUCGGAAAAGGCUUUGGUCGAUUUGUGAAUGGAAGCCAUCAGAAAGCAAGCUUCGAGGCUCCGAGAGCAGGUAGCCAGGCAGCAGCAGGCUGUGUUGAACAAGUUUGGUGCAUAUGGAGGUGCAGAUAGUGUUGUGGCUGAUGAUGCCGAGAUCCAGCAGCACCAGAAGCUUGAAAAGUUAUACAUAUCAACUCGUGCUGCCAAGCAUUUCCAAAGGGACAUUGUCCGUGGUGUCGAAGGAUAUAUAGUUACAGGAUCCAAACAAGUUGAGAUAGGAACCAAAUUGUCAGAAGAUAGCAGGAAAUAUGGUGCUGAAAAUACAUGUACCAGUGGCAGCACGUUGUCAAAGGCUGCUUUGAAUUUUGCACGAGCACGUGCACAGAUGGAAAAAGAACGUGGAAAUUUGUUAAAAGCCUUUGGCACACAGGUGGCGGAACCAUUGAGAGCUAUGGUAAUGGGAGCUCCAUUGGAAGAUGCUCGUCAUCUUGCUCAAAGAUACGAUCGGAUGAGACAAGAGGCGGAAGCUCAGGCUGUAGAAGUUUCUAGAAGACAAGCUAAAGUAAGAGAAGGAACAGCCCAUCCCGACAUGGCUUAUAAACUUGAAGCAGCUGAAGCCAAACUGCAAGAUCUGAAGGCAAAUGUUGCUACACUUGGAAAAGAAGCUGCUGCUGCCAUGGCUGCCGUUGAAGCUCAACAACAAAGGUUGACCCUCCAACGACUAAUUGCCAUGGUUGAGUCGGAACGAGCUUAUCAUCAGCGAGUUCUUCAAAUACUUGAUCACCUAGAAAGCGAAAUGAUGUCUGAACGCCAAAGAAUUGAAGCCGCACCUCCUCCUGCUCCUGCUCCCACUUCUGCCACUGCUCCGAGCAUGCAUAGUAUGCCAGCACCUCCUUCAUAUGAAGAAGUAAAUGGAGUACCGACUUCGCCAGUGCAGAAUGGAUCAACUGAUAGCAUGGGCUAUUUUCUUGGGGAGGUCAUGUACUCGUAUCAAGCUGAAUCUGAUGUGGAACUUAAUUUAUCCAUCGGAGACUAUGUUGUUGUUCGGAAGGUUUCAAAUAAUGGUUGGGCUGAAGGUGAAUGCAAAGGGAAAGCAGGGUGGUUCCCGUACGCUUACAUAGAAAGGCGUGAGCGUGUUCUUGCUAGCAAGGUAGCCGAAGUUUUCUGAAAUAGUUUUAUGAUGAUGGUUUGGUUUGGUUUGGUUUUGCAUGUGCGUGCAAUUCGUAUUUGUUUUUGUUGCAGAUGGUCUUGGCAAUUAAUAUUUUCCCUGUGCUUUUUCUGUGAGAUAUAUAUAUAUAUAUAUAUAAAUUUUAUACAUAUACAUUAACGCACAUAUAUAUAUAUACAUAUUGGUGAUGUGAAUUUCGUAUU